AUGGAGGAGUCACCCGAUAUGGAUGACCUUCUCAACCAAAUGGAAUCCGAUUUGAUUCGGAAAACUCGAACAAUUCAGUCAGCUCCACCACUUCUACCACCAACUUCGAUUGCUAUGCAACCUCGUGGUACUCAACAAAAACAAAUGACACGAAGCGUGGUGACAGUGUCAAAAUAUGUCAUGAGUGAAGAUAUGAAUACACAUAUGGAGGGGCACGUAAACAUUGAUUCGUCUCUUCUUCCAAACACAUUUCAAUCAAAACCAAUAUUUCGGAAUGAAACGACUGUGCCUGAAACUAAAAAAGAGAAUAUAUCUCCUCCGUCAACAAAUGGAAAACUCACAGAAUCGAUUCCUGUCGUCGAAAAAUCAAUAGAGAACACAGUGGUGGUUGUAAAAGAAAAGCCAACUCACGUAGAGGAUUCUCAGAAGAUGGAUUCUGAACCAGAGGUCGAAAUCAGCUCAGAACCAGAACCUGAAGAAAUUUCAGAAGUCGAAGAAGAUACUUUGAUUCCGGAAACUCAAAUAAUCUCGAAUCUGAAUGUGACUGCUCGUAGUUCCAUGCCAGUAGUUGCUUCUGAAGCCGUCAGUUUGACUCAUCAUAAUUUAGAUCUUGACACUGAAAUGGAAUCUAUGCUUGAUUAUUUGAAUGGAGUUGAUGAAGGAGGCAAUGACGCUGAAACCGUAAUUCAAAAUGGGCAUGCUCCAUCUAGAAAAGAAGGUGGUCGUGAUUCGAUUGAUGAGUCGACUGAUGAAUCAAUUCUUUCUCAGUUCGCUCAUAAAUUUUCGGAAGAAGUCAUGACUGCCGCUUUGAACACUCGUAACUUACAUUACGACCCAGCUGUUCAAGAGUUCUACUUGGAAAAUGAUUCAACGCCAGAUGUAGUUCCAAUGAGUUCAUCUUCUAACUCUGAAUCCAUUGCUGAUAAUUCGAAUUAUUUGUCUGAACCUGAAAGUGUGGCCGAAAAGAAAACAUUGGCAUCAGUAUCGGAGCAAUGUGAAGAAUCAGAGAAGGAAGCAGAAGAUAACGAGAAUUCUGAGUCUUUGGAAAAAGUGGAAGAGAAAAAAUCGGAAAGUGAUCAGAAUGAGAAUAUUGAAGCUGAAAAAGAAGAACCUUCAUCAAACGCCGACAUUGAAAUGGAGAAAGAGUUGGAAGCCACAGAAGGCAACACGGGCGAUUCUACAAAGACAACCGAGACUGAAAAUGAUGUUCAAAAAGAUACUGUAUCUGUUUCACUUGAGGAACAAAAAGAAGAAAACGUUCAAGAAAUGGAAGCAAGCGAGUCAGAAACUGUUCCUGAACAAGAGGAUGUGGCCGACGAAUCUGAGAGUACUGUAGCUGUGGCUGAAGAAAUCGAAGGCGAACAUGAAGAAGAUACGUCUGUCGAAGUAGCCGAAUUCGAAGAACGAGAAGUCGUCGAAGCAGUUGGACAAGAAGAAAUUGAUUCAGUGGCUGAUAACGCAUCGAAUGGAAGUCAAGAAUCCUCUCUCGAGGGAAUCGAUGGAGAUUCAGAAAAUCGUCCGAGAUUUGAUUCUUCUAUUGCCACCAUCCACGUUCUUCAUGAAUCUGAUUCUGACGAAUCUGCAACUCCACGUAGGGAGAGAAGACUAACCGAAUCAGAAUUACAACUUGGAAAGACGUCUCCCUACUGGAUUCCAGAUUCAGAAUGUCCUCAUUGUAUGCUUUGUAAUACAAAAUUCACUAUCAUCACACGCCGUCAUCACUGCCGUGCAUGUGGACGAGUACUUUGUGGAAGUUGUUGCAGUGAAAAGGCAGUUCUAGAUUAUUUGCAAGAAGAAGGAAAGAAGCAACAGGCUGUUCGAGUCUGUAAACCAUGUUCCACAAUGCUUGCAAGAAUCGAAGCACACGAACAGGAGGAGCAACGGCGUCGAGAAUCGGUUGCAUCUGAUGGAUUUUCCGAAGAUGAAGCAACGAGUUCAGCAGUUCCUGUGCCUGUACAUGUUCCACGUGGAGUGCUGAAAACGAGAUCCAUGACACAAGGAAAUGAAGAAGAAGGUGCUUCAACGAGCAACCCAGUCUCAUUAGUUGCUGCACAAGACACUUCAAGACGAUCAGUUAUGUUUCGAGAUGGAGUUCGACCAGGUGCUCCGGUCGAUGAGACGAAUCCAGAAGAGGAGAGGUCAACAGCGUUGAAACCAAAGAAGAAGUCGAGAAAACGGACGGCAGUGGUCAGGAGAAUUGCAGAACUGAAAAUGGAAGACGAGUUGGCAUGUGCUCUUCCGAAGGACGGCGUCACGAAAGUUUUGAUUGUGAAGCCAGAUUCAGAGCAACCAAAGUUCGAAAAUGCAUCGAUUGUUUUUGAAUCACUCUGCAAUUUUUCCGUUGUUACUGUUGUAUUGAAGAAGAACCUGAAUUGUACAGUCCAAAUUUUCAAUAACCCCAAUUUUGGCUUGGUUUGGGCAAUUUCAACACAAGGUUUCGCUCAAAUUGGACUUGACGAACUGUUUUUCUCGUGGACACUCAGCGAUGAGGAGAAACAAAAAGUUGACUCCGAAGACCCUGAACUUGAUGAAAAGUCAGCUGUGUCUUUUCUCCCACUUGCAGUUCUCAAUCGUAUAUCUACAAUUUACACACAUUCAACUGAGCAUGAGUAUGCUGGAGUCCGUCGAGUAGACAAUCGUUUAAUGCGUAUUCAUACUGUCACUGAUCCAAUUUAUCCACUCACAAAACACAUUAUGUUCUUCCGCCCGACAGUUCAAGCUGGUCUUCAAAAUAUGAGAAUUCCUACGAAUCCUUUCCUGAUUGCUUGCUUCCUUCAUGACGACGAGCUGAAUUGGGCAACUGCUCUUCCGAAUCGUUUGCUCUAUAAACUCGGAGAGAAGUAUAAUGUCUUCCCAACUCCAUUUGUUAACAACAUUGGUCGACCAUCGUUAUACAGUACAGAUGUAUCGGGAACUGUAUUGAAAGUGUUCACAGAUUUCCGUUCGUGGUCGUAUCGAAUGAGACAUAUUCCUGGAUGUACUGUGUCGUUGACAAACGAUAAAACAGUCAUUCGAAUUCCAAAAUCGUGUAUUAAGGAACUGAAAGAAAUUCUAAACUUCAGUCGAUCAACGGUUGCGUGGAGUUGUGAUUUGAAUCAAGAGGAUGACAGUGUCCUUGUCUGUGAGGAGACGGAUCCUGGACUCUAUUCAACUCAAGUCUUUGCUAAAUAUAUUGGUCAAAGAGAAUCAACAAGUGCGUCGUUUGUCAUUUUGGAUGGUGGCUCUAAAGUCAAUUCUCUUCAAGUCAAUGUUGUGGAAGACGGUGUAGCACUCAGACUUCAAAGCGAAAAACUCGAAACUAUUCUGAAUGCGAUCAAUGAAGGACACGAUGUCGUUGAAUCAUCCAAAGACAUGGAGUUCCGAGUGGAAUUUGUAGAAGAUGGAGACUGGAUUGCUCCUGAAAGCGACUAUUAUCCGAAGUCACAGAUCGAUGGACUGUUUCUUAUUAACAAAUACCAGUACGGUUUGUCACUAGAAAGAGCGCUCACUCAAGUGCUUCAAGUUCAAGGAAUCAGUGAUUAUGGUGUUCGGAUGUCCCAUGUUUACAAUCUCGGCGACGGAAGACUUCAGCCAGAAGAGGAACCAAAGAUUUAUUCAAUGGUCGAAACAGCUGCAAAAGAAUGCGUUGCUGUACUAGAACCACACAUUCAGCCAUUGAUUCGUGCCGGAAUCGGAAGUGUCUCAAUCCGAUUAUUCGUUUCUCCAUACGAAUUUGAGUACGAUGUCUCGAGAUGGCUUGGAUUGGAAGCAGAGAAUGACAAAUACAAGCAGAGCCUUGAUCAGCUCAUCCCAAUGUUGUACAAUAUGAUUGAAUAUGUUCCAAACGGAUUCGAAGUGGAAUUCGUUCUCUCGAUCGUCUCCACCAAAGCUCUUCCAAUUUAA